GAACCCCUCUGGUCUGUGGCGAGACAAUAAACAAAAAAAAUAUAGCUAAAAGAUUAAUAAUUUUUGUGAAAAGCUGUUAUCCGAGCACCGUUCAUGAUCUACACAAGGCAAAUAUCAAAACUUGGAAGUGCAGUUAUGGUCCCAAAAUCGUGAAUUCAUCUAGUAAAGAUAGAUGCAGUGCCAUCUAUAUUUCCUUGGCCAUCAGACGAUAAUAAAUUUAUCAAAACCAAAAUGGAAACUCCUUUAGAAGAGAAAGAAAUAGAAUCAAAGAAUAGUAAGCAGCCUGAUGGCGAUAAUCUUGAAGCGAUAAAGAAAUUUAUAGAGGAUGAAGCAAAUAAAGUUCAAGAGCCUGUUCCUUCAAGUUCUGAGGAGAGUAAUAAGGUUGAGACUGAUGAGAAAGUUAAAAUUGACAGUGGUAAAGAUUUUGAUGAACGUCUGGCUGUAGCUUCGAGUAUGAUGGAUAUGAUAGUAGAUGAAACAGAACAAAGAUUAGCUAGGAAGAAAGAGGGAAAAUCUCUUAAAAAUAAUUCAAGCCCAGGAGACAAAGGAAAUAACAGUAUGGCAUUGUCAGUUGGGUCUAAAGUCGAAGCUAGAGAUUUUGGAGAGGAUUGGUAUCCAGCAAAAAUUAUGGAAGUUGACUAUGAAGAAAUGGAAGUUUUGGUUCACUAUGAAAAUUCAUCCAAAAGACAUGAUGAAUGGAUUGCUGUAAGCAGUCCUAGAUUACGACCACUUACCGGCACUUCAGUACCAAAUUCACCAAUGUCGAUGUCCGGACCCGUACCAUCAUCUAUAGGUGACGCACACCCAGUCACUAAGAAUAUAAAACAGGAACUAAAGGCAGUGACGGAGGAAAAAAAGUUAGUGUUUACUGUAGGAGAGAGAUGUUUGGCGAGAUGGAGGGACAAUAGACGUUUCACGGCUACUAUUGAUAAAGACAUGGGAGAUGGACAUUAUGUGAUAGUAUUCGAUGAUGGCUUUCAAUGGAAAUGCACCUCUUCGAGGUUAUACAAGAUGAAGGAUCAGGUGAAGACAGAGGGUUUGACUGUCGAUACGACAACAUCUACCUCUGCCACAUCCAUGGCGUCACCAGUUCAAUAUGGCGCAGGGCCCAGCAGCGCUUUACCUAAUAUUACACCCUUUCAUACUCAUUUGUUUGAUCCCACUCGUGAUUAUCUAGGUUCUAAAAGUGAGCGUCGCGAAAUGAAACGUAAAUUGAACAUUAAAGAAAUUUUCAAUAUUGGACAAAAAAAGAAAAAAUCUGACUCACAAUCUAAAGCGCCAAGGGAUUCAACUUUGAUUAAAAAGAAACGUACAUUUCUCAAAAAGAAACCAGAAACACAAUCAACAGAAACUGUUAAGUCAGGUAUUCCGGAUGCUGUGGCAUCUAUUAUUGGUACAGUUAAAAAUGAAGCAAUCAAGGAGUCAGGAAAUAAAGAACACCAAGAAAAUGCCAUUAUAGAAAUAGAAACUCCUACAGAAACCAUAAAUGAGAUAAAAACGGAAGAUGAGGAAGAAAAGGUGGAAUUAUCUACUACUGGAGCGUCAAAUGUUAGUGAUAAUGAAGAUGACUUUAGUAUAGAAGACUCCAUUCAGGAAGAGGAAGCGAAACUUGAAAAAUUUGAGAAAGUGGACGAUACAAAACACGAAGAAGUCAUAGACAGGAUCAAAGAGGUCAUUAAUAAGUUAGAGGAUGGUAUUAAUAAAGUCCAAAACUCGCCCAAAUUAGAGAUAAAAGUGGAAGUGCCUAAGAAAGAGCCCGAACCACUACCACUAGAAACAGGAAAUAAGGAAAUUGAGAAAGAUAAGGUUAAGAAGUUGUCAAAGGUAAAGAAAAGUAAAAAGUUGAGAUUGUUACAGGAGAAGAAGGUAAAGAAACAGGUGGAGAAAGUGAAGAGCGAGUUGGAAGAAAUGAAGAGGCAGGUGGAAGAAAUGAGGAAACAGAUGAUGGCUAAGACUGAAGAGCUGGCGAAGGAGCCACAGGAGAUGCCGGAGAGUUUUUUGUUGCCAGGGGAGUGGUGCUGCAAGUGGCUUAAUGGACAGCCCGUUGGCAAAGUCAGUGAAUUAGAAGCCGAAGUUAAGGAUGUGAACAGCAAGCCUGGCCUGCCUAGGAGAAGUGUUCAGGUUGAAGAUAAAAGAUUACCACCAGGGUGGACUAAACAUAUGGUUCGACGAAGCAUGGGCAACUCUGCAGGCAAAUGGGAUGUUGUUUUGAUCAGUCCAGAAAACCGGAGGUUUCACACGAAGACAGAUAUGAGGAAUUUUAUGGAAAGUAAUCCCAGUGAUAUUCUCCGAGAAUAUGAACAUGCGCUGAUGGACUUUGGUGUGCAUUUAAAAUUAGCGCGACGAAUGGGAUGGGUCAAAACCACACCAAGCGGUGUAGAUGACACACCUGUAAUUUCCCUGCCCGCGGGUACUCUAUGUAGUACUUCGCCUCUUGUGAAACGACGGAAACUUACUUUGAAAAAAGUACGAAAGGAAACAGGGAAGAAGAAAAAACUCAGCACGACUGUGAGGAUGCCUAAAUAUUUGACAUCGAAUGUCGAUUCAGAAGUAAAUGGUACAGAGCCAGAAUCCUCACUACCACCUGAGUCUAGUUUUGGAGAUCCGCCAUUAGAAGACGGGUUUGUUUAUGUUGGUUCAUUGAAAGUGCAAGUUAUCGACAAUCUUCUUCGUUGUCCUGCCGAGGGUUGUUUCAAGAAUUUUAGAAAUAAUACUUUACUAAAAAUGCAUAUCAAACAUUAUCAUAGAGAUUUGAGAAAAAUGCUUGGACGCACACCUAAAGUUUUGGAUUUGGCAUACGCUAGAACAGUGCCCACGUCUAUAAAGAAUACUAAGAAUAAAGACCCAAAUGUAAAAUCUAUUAAGGUCAAAAUAUCGAGGCCACCGAAGCGGGUGGAUGAUACGAAACAAGAAGACAAAGCUUCAGAGAAGUUUGAAUUGCAAGAUCAGAUACUAUCAGCCGUUGACAUUGAAACAACUGCACCGAAGAUACAAGAUUCACCUAAACUUCGGCAUGCUCUUAUUAACAAGCCCGUCAAAAGACCUCGGGUGUUGUUGCCAGUACGUCGACCAGAUCCUGAGUUCGACCAAACCAGUAGUCAGACUGAUUCAAAUUCCGAUCUGCCUACUGAAGCAGUUGUAGAAGUACCGGUGAUGGAAGCGUUGGAUUUCGAAACAGCAAUAUCGACUCAUACUGUGACAAAACCUUUGGAUGCAAUACCUAAGAAUAAAUAUAAGAAAUACAUCUCAUCGAAGUUUACUAGCGAAGACGAUUGGUCAGAUUUUGAGACGCGUUCCAGCUUUCCGAGGUCUGGAACGCCAGAUUCCAAGAGUUUGGACCAAAAAAUGCUUCCGGUAUCUUCUGAAUCUAAUGAAGAACAAAAAGAAGCUCACAACUAUAUGUAUACUGAAAAUGGUGAGCGAAUUAAAAUAGUACAUAUGAAACGCGAGGAAAUUAUAAAUUGUCACUGUGGCUUCCGCGAGGAGGAUGGUCUGAUGGUUCAGUGCGAACUUUGUCUGUGUUGGCAACAUGCGCUUUGUCACAACAUACAAAAAGAAUCAGAGGUGCCGGAGAAGUACACGUGCAGUAUAUGCCUGAAUCCUCGUCGCGGUCGUCGGUCGCAGCGUUUCCUCCACGACCAGGACCGCCUGUACGAGGGCCUGUUGCCGGGCGCGCGGCCCAGCGAGUCGCUGCGGCGCUCCCACGAGCUCUCCGGCAACCUGCUGCGGAUCCAGGACGCGUUACACGCGCUCCGGGUCAAGUACUACGUGGCCACUAAAAAAGAUCAUCCGAAGUUAUAUCUAUGGGCGAAAGACUGGGAGAACGGAGAGUUGAACGUCUCGCAGGACAGGUUUAACUCGGACUACUCAGAUUUGAAUAUAAUGAUAAGCAGCAUCGGCAAGGAGAAUCUGCCGGUCAGUCAACAGGACCUGAAGGAUACUCAGAACGAUAUACAAACUCCGCCUUCCGAGGACCAUGACAGGUAUAAUCACAGGGACAGUCAGAUGGGUUCGCAGACUUUACUGAGUGGUUUGCUGUCAAGUCCCAGUGGUGGCUCGCUGGACCUCCCACUGCCUCUCAGUGCUACAGAGCUCGAGCGGUUAGCCAAAACUGUACAAGAAGAGGUGCAACGUGUAUCGGCGCCGCAGCCGGAGGCGGCCAUCGAGAACAGCGCGUGUCGCGAGCGGCUGCUGCGGCACAUACAGCGCUGCCAGGCGGUUAUAGACGCCAGGCUCGACUCCAUAGAGGCGCAAGUCGCUGAACUGGAGUCUCAAGAUCCAUCGUUCGAAGACGACGAAACGGCGGAUUACUUCCCUCGCACUAAACAAACUAUUCAGAUGCUGAUGCGUGAUCUCGAUACAAUGGAAGAAUUAGGAGUUAUCACUUAAACAAUAUUGUUAUUUUUUUUGACAUCUUCCAGAAUUUAUCUUGCAUAUUGACACCUUUGAUUAAUAAGUGAAAAAAGAAUGAUAUUCUUUAACCAAGCCAGGUUUAUUUAUGUUUAAGUUUUAUUAUAAUUGUAACAAUAUUGGCUUAUUUUUAUUAAUUCAUAGAGCUAAUUUGUAAGACUGUAAAUGAAUUUCCGUGAUAAUUUUGUGAAAUUGCUAUUUGUGUGUACUAAAAUUAGUAAGAAGUUGCAUAAAGUUAUUGUAAUAUUUACAAAUAAAUUUAAGUAUGAACUUC